UUAGACGGUUUAACACAGGCAAUAAGUCAAUGUCAAUCAUGUGAAUAUUACCAUCAAAUUGUUAUUAACAAUUGAUACAAAUGGAGAUUGACGAGCCAGAUUCCCCUGAUAUUCAACAGCGAAUUGCAGUGGCCGAAUCGUUGUGGGCAGUGAUAUGUGCCCCAGCGAUGAAGAUCUUCUCCCUGAAGAAGACAGCAUCAGAGCCAACGCUGCGAGCCUUCCUGGAGUUGCUGAACGGUGCAGCUGAGAAUUUCAUAAAUAUCCUGAUUCCCCCCUACAAAUCAGGUCUUCGAUACGAUUCCCUGAAACUCAAGUACUCAGCCUUCACGAAGUGGCUCUUCGGUGUCCUCUUCCACGUGGUGGGUGAUCCCCUGAAUCCCCAGAUUCUCCUGAACAGUCUAGAGGUGCAGGCACGAAUGCUGCGAAUUCUAUCUCGCCUCUACCUGCCUGAAUUCCUGAGAAUCACCGAGGAGUACCUAGCGAUCACCGACGAGCUCCUGGAGUUCGAGUCGAACCCAGAGAAGAGCCAGACAACAAUAAAACGUUUUGUGAUCGAGCCAAAUGCAAUCGAGAAACUCGUCCUGACGAAUUUACCAGUGACAAUUACUCGAGAAUCGAUCGUCACAACUGAAAUAUCGAUAAUGAAAAUAAUUAUAAAGUCUGGGGUGACCUGCUGGCCCCUGGAGGAUCUCUGGGACAGAGCCCUGAGGAUAAUAACCAAAUGCAGAGUUGAGUCGAAGGUGAUAUCGAUGGAACUAGUCUCUCAACUUCUUCAAUUCACACCCCUGGACGAUUGCAGAGUGAAAAUGUUUGUUUUUCACUGUAUCGAGGUCGUCAGGACCCACAGUACUCUCCAGAAGUCCCCGGAUGACGUCUAUUUCAACGUCAUGGAGGAAACGCCAGUGAUCCUGAAGAAUCUUCUGUCAAAUCUCCAGAAUUCUUCUCAAGUCGUCGACCUCUGCAUGGCAAUCGUCGAAGCAACGACCUCCGGACGCCUCUCCUCCAAGGAGCUAGAGCACUUCGCCAUCGAGAAGAUCAGGGAUCACCUGAUCAGACACCCACGCGCCCCCACGCAGCAGGAUCACUCGAUUUUACUGCGAUACCUCAGUCAAUCCUCGAAAUUUCCCAUCGUCGUCGCUCACUUCGUCAUUUAUCAACUCGAUACAUUCUCAGGAGCUGGACAACUCGUCGCGGCCAGUGCCAGUCCUCUCUGGCGAUCCAUUCAACUUCUCAUCUUCGAGAAAAUCGAUUCUAAAUCACUCGAGGAGGUGAGAAAGUGCCUGGAGGUGGGCAGGACGAUUUCCCUGUGGAUGAUGGGUAAAAAAAUUCGGGGCAAGCUAUUCGAUGACUCUGAAUACCUGAUGGCAGCUCUCACGAGUCUCCUGGAGGCCUCUCAGGACCCUGAGAACAGGGAAUUAAUUUUCUUGUGCCUGAUGGAGCUGAUGAUCAUCGAUGAAUUCCCUAAAUCCGACGUCCAAAAGCUCCUGCUGCUCCCCUGGUUUCCGGACAAGUCCUCCAGCAAUCUGGACAUCUCUAGGAGACUCUCAGCGUCUCUGAAGUCCCUGACGAUGACUACAAAGCUCAAGUGCCUCGAGAGAAUCUGCGAAUUUGGAACCGGAAGAGUGAGAAUAAAAUUUCUCAGCACGUGUGUCUCGAAUUGCGAGCUGGAGCUAGCAGUGGCAGCUGUUCGUAAUUCAAUUCUAUUGUUGAAUGACCCGGAGGUGUCUUUUAACUAUAUUAGUCUUCAUAUUUUGAGGCCAGCAGUUGUCGCCCAGAAGAUGGGACUUCAGGAGGCAGUUGUUGGGGUCCUGGGGGAUACAGUCUGCUUUGUCUCUGGAAAGGCCCAACUGAUUCGUCCAGAAUGGGACUCCCUCGCCUGGAGAAUCACCUGUGACACCUGUGACAAACACUUCGACCACUCCCCAGGUCUCAGGGAUAAAUUACCCAUCGACGAGUCAAUAUUCUCCUCGUAUUUCUCCUUUUUUUCCUCCAGUGUCUUGAGUGUUCGCAGGGCCAUGAGCAAAAUCCUCUCGAAGCUCUCGAAUCAUGUUCACAGCUUCAGCACAAAUUCUGUUUGUCAGACGUGGCUGGCUCUCAUCAACGAUCAGGACGAAGAGAUCAGAAAUAAUAUCGCCAAUUCCAUCGCAACACUUGCCCAGAAUAAAUUGAAAUUGAUAUCUGGGGGACGAGAGACCGCCCAAGACGACUGCCCGAGGGAUCUCGAGGAAUUCAUCGAACUGGUGAUCGAUAAACUCGCGGAGGGACUGACGAGGGCCCACGAGACGUCCAACGAGUCCCUCCAGAUGUCCAUCAUCAACACUACGAGGAAUCUCGCACGGGCUGGAAUUUACUGUGCCGAGCAGAGGAUCUGCAUUAUUCUCAUCAUCUUCAUCAUGCAUCCAGAGUCAUCUUACACAGCAGUAGCUUCAGCAAUUGUCGCCUUCAAGGAAGUCGCGAGCUACUGCAAACUCACCCCCUACAAACUCUUCCUCAGGUACAGAAAAGAUUUUGUCCAGAGUAUGACGCAGCUGUUGGCUAAUAAUUUCGUGGAGAGAAAUUAUAGUGUCGCAUUAUCCCUCAUUAAAAUAGUCCAGUGCAUCGGGUACUCGGGGGCACGUGAGUUCAUGAGGAAAGAUGGAAGUCUAGUCGUCAGUUAUCUCAUUCCCAUGGCGCUCCAGGUGACGAAAGUCUGUGAUAUCUUCAAGGAAAUUGCUGAUCUCCUGGGUAUCGAGGAACGUGAGAUGUUUCUGGAAUACUUCCAGCAGAUCUGCCCCCAUGUCUUCGUGAAUGAGGCCCCAGAGGUGGGUCCCGAGUGCCUGGAGCUAGUGUCAAAACUCUCGGGGAUAUCCCUCAGGGAUCUGAUGAAGAUGUCGUUCAUUGGAAUAUUUCGAAAAGUUCUUCUGCACUUUCAUGACAAGAUGGAGGAGGUGUUGAUAUGUCUCGAGGUGAUAUCAGAGUUCGAUCCAGAUCAUGGUGGGGAUUUCGAGUCCAACGAGUCAAUUGCUAAUUACCUCAAACCCCAUCUCCACGCAGUUCUCGUUAAAUUCGACACUAACCUGGGGCCUCUGAGCGACGAGAGAACCCAGAAAUCAGCCCUGGGAUCCCUCGGUGCGCUCAUAAAAUUUAUGGGAGCUGCGCACAUCAGUCCCCUCAGGUACAAGAUCCUGACGACCUUGAGAACGUGUCUGAACCUCAACCGGCCAGGAUUCAAGAGGCUCUCGUGCUACGCCUGGGACUGCUUCCUGAGAAAUGUCUCCUUGGAGGAUUUGGGGCCCUUACUACCCACCAUAUGUGUCUCAAUGGUUCCUCUGCUCGAUUCCUAUCCCCAGGAGGCCAACGCCAUGAUGGAAUUUCUGCUCAUUGACAACAAUGUAGCCCUGCAGAGCCACAUCUCUGAGAUUUUUUUCAUCGAAGAUCUCAGGGUCCACGAGAGAAUCUCCUCCGUUGUCUCCAAACAGGUGAUUAAGUCUUCACCGAGAGAUCCUGAGGCUGGACUCAAGAUUUGGACACGUAGGAUCAAACAUGAGACUGACGAGGUGAGAUUCAAGGCUCUGGGUCACUUGAAAAAAUUUCUGGAGCUCCACAGGAGUCACCUGAAUGACAUGAUCCUUUCUAAUACCGAUGUCCAUCCCCUGGUGGUCGAUCUCCUGGAUUCCCUCCUCGCUGGAUGCCAGGAGAAGGACGAGAGUAUAAGAUUGAGGUGUGGAGAGUGCCUUGGGGAAUUGGGAGCAGUGGAGCCAAGCCUCCUCCCCAGGAGAAUUGUCUCCAAGGACGACUCCCAAUUCAUCCCCGAGAUGAACGAGACUUUUGCACUUGAGGUCCUCCAGGAGCUUGUCAGAGCCCUUCAGAUGGAGAAAAUAACUCAGAACGUCGACUGCUUCUCCCUCGCUAUCCAGGAGAUCCUCAAGACCUUCGAGAUAUCACCGAGUGGCUCCAACUCAAGAAUCUGGAAUUUUCUCUCAUCAACAACUCAAGAGAGAAUUCUCCCAUUAUUAAACUCGAGGUAUAAACACACAGCAGAUCCUGAUCCCGUGGAGUCACCAGUCUAUGGCUCAUCCGCAGGAUCAACCUUCGAGAAGUGGCUGUACAACUGGACAUGCUCGAUGAUCCUGAAGAUAAAGGACCAAAGGCUGUCAUCAGUCCUCAGAGCCUGCCAACCAGCCCUGAGGCGAGACUCCAGGACAACAAUGUUCUGCAUUCCCCACAUUUUCACUCACAUAAUCACCAAGGGUUCUGACACCGAUCGAGAUCGACUGCUCACUGAGAUUUUUGCCGUAAUUAAGUCUGAGGAUCAAGCCCUGGACCAGGAGCUACUGAUUCGUCGUCCCCUGAGACGCGAGACCAAUGACAAGCAGAAUGACAUAAGAGUUUCCGAUGAAGCUAGAAGACUCAGGUGCUCCCAGGUGGUAUUUUCCACUCUGGACCACGUGAUGCGUUGGCUAGGUGAAAAACGAAGGGACAGGGGCCAAAAUUAUCAUCUAAUGCAGAGGUUCGUCGAGCAAUUGGAUAGUCUGGUGCUGGCAGAGGCUUGCUACAAGUCACACGAGUAUCAUCGCGCCCUGAUGUACCUGGAGAGACACAUGACCUCGAAAAAUAAGGGCCUGUCAGAUCAGACAGAGAGUGGAUUGCUGGCUAAAAUCUACACCCAGCUGGAGGAACCCGAUGGUGUUUCAGGAAUCCUAGCAACUCAGGAUCAAUCACCAACGCUUCAGCAACUGAUUGUUGCACACGAGGUAACGGGACAGCUCCAGGACGCAGCGAUAUGCUACGAGAAAUUAGCACAACGUCUGGUUGCACCGAAAUUCAUCCAGGGAAUGAUACACUGCUAUCUGGGACUGGAUCAACCAGUGACAGCCAUGAAAUUUACCGAAGGAGUUCUGAGUUCGAGUCCUGAACUCGAGCCCUUGAUUGUGGAGCACGAGCCCUUCUGGAGGCUAGCCAAUUUUGUCCAGCUCAAGGACGACAAGAACACGGUGAAGAGGGAUCUCCUGGAGGAUUUGCGACGAGGUGUUCAGCCUGAUCUCCAGAGUAUCAAGAAACGUCUGGUGACACAACUGGGUGCCACGUCUCACAGAGUCUCGUACCUCCAGCAGAGUUACCCGUACAUAAUGAAACUUCACACUCUAAAUGAAUUCGAGAAAUCAACGGACCUGAUGCUGAGGAACAUCGAGAGUCUUCCAGUGAUUUUCAACGAGUGGGAGCAGAGAGAGCAGCUGAUAAAAGCAUCAAGAGGUGUUGAAUCAGUCCUGGGAAUGAGACGAGCAAUACUAGAUCUAUUUGUUCACCUGAUAAAAUCCCGAGAUCCAUCGUCAGACGUAUCACUUCUCAAACAAGAAAUCGGCAAGAUCUGGCUGAAGAGUGCUAAAAUCGCGAGGAAGUCUGGACUCUAUCAGCAAGCCUACAUGUACAUUCUCUCCGCAUCUGACAGCUGUCCCCCCCAGGAAUUGAACAUUGAAUUGGCUCAGCUCUACUGGCAGAAAAAUUGCCAGGAGGAGGCACGAAUCACCCUGAAACGAUCAUUCACCAAUUGUUUCGAUUCCCUGGAGCAUUACCAGCAGCUACCACUGGACAUGUGCCCACCAGAUCGCAAGAACUUUGCCAAAGCUAAAUUACUGUUCGCCAGGUACAACGAGGAGACGUUGAACGUCGACAACAGGACGAAUGAGAAGUACUACGAAGAGGCUUAUUGUGCCUGGAAGUCCUGGGGGAAGAGUACCCUGGCACUCGCUCAAUAUCAGGAAUCAUUCGCCGAAGGAAGACAAUUCGUUGAUAAUGGAACAAGACUCUCAAGAAUUAUCACUUAUUAUGGACGAUCACUCCAGUACAGCUGCAAAUACGUUCACCAGGCGAUGCCCAGGAUGCUGACAAUCUGGAUGGAUUUUGCUGAGAAGGUGCACAGGAUGGAGAGGCCAACGAAGGAACAGGUGAUUGAGGUCGAGAGAAUGACUAAAAUCAUCGACGUCUUCUGCACUAGACUGCCAACAUACGUCUGGCUGACAGCUCUUAGCCAACUCGUCUCCAGGAUAUCUCACCCGUCGAAAGAGGUCCAGGAGCAGCUGAUAAAAAUCCUGGUGAGACUGAUAGCAUUUCAUCCCCAGUACUGCAUGUGGAUGAUGGCGUGCGUCUUGAAUUCAAAGAUGUCACCAGGGACGAGCUUUCUGGGGGCUGACAAACGACCCCAGAGCUUCAAGGAUCGAAUCUGGCAUCACAGGAGUCUUCACGAUAGCACCAUCAAGAGGAUAAUGAUGUCGUUCAGAUCGUUGUGGGAGAAAUUGAUAGAGUUUACGUCUUUUAAGAUUGAGGAGGGUGUGUCGAGGACUAAAGUGUCAAUUCUCUGCAGGGGUCUUCCCAAAUUGUUGAAGAAUCAGGGUUUUGGUCCGAUAAUGAUGCCGACAACUCAGUUCUUCAGGCUUAUCUUACCGGCUGAUGGGGCAGUACCUGAGGGACACGAUCCACACAGCAACGAUCGAGUUUCAAUCGUUGGAAUUGAGGAGGAAGUGACAGUGAUGACUUCUGCACAGAAACCCAAGAAGAUAAUGCUGAGGGGAUCUGAUGGCAAACGUUACAGCUUCAUGUGCAAACCCGAUGACGAUCUCCGAAGGGAUUUUCGACUGAUGGAGUUCAAUGGAAUUGUUAACAAGCAUCUGCAGAAGGAUCCGGAGUCCAGGCAGAGGCGUUUGUACAUCAGGACGUACUCGGUGGUGCCACUUCAUGAGAAAUGUGGUAUAAUCGAGUGGGUGCAGAAUCUUCUGCCAUUUCGUCAGGCUCUCCUCGGGAUUUACAGGGAGAGAAACCUGGGAAUGAGUGGAGAUCAGCUGCGAAAGCAUAUAGCACCACCUCAGAGGACUUCCCUGGAGGACAAACGUAAGGUAUUCCUGGAGAAACUCAUACCCAGGCAUCCACCUGUUCUUGGUGACUGGUUCAGGCUCAUGUUCCCUGAUCCAUAUGCCUGGUACGAAGCGAGAACUGCCUACAUCAGGACAACAGCUGUUAUGUCGAUGGUGGGGUAUGUCCUCGGGCUGGGCGACAGGCACGGUGAGAAUAUUCUAUUCGAUUGUAAAUGUGGUGAUGCUGUUCAUGUGGAUUUUAAUUGUUUGUUUAAUACUGGUGAGACUCUUAACGUACCUGAGAAGGUGCCAUUCAGGCUCACUCAUAAUAUGGUGAGUGCUAUGGGGCCUCUCCGGUAUGAGGGACCAUUCAGGAAGUCCUGUGAGGCCACUAUGAGAGUUCUCAGGACUGAGGCAAAGACUUUGAAUAGUGUUCUCAGACCUUUUGUCUAUACCGAGAGGGUCAGCGAUGCUGAGGCCAAUGUCAGGAAUAUUGAGCAGAGGCUCGCUGGAUUUGUUAAACUCGUUGACGAGAGUAUGGUACAGCUCAGUGUAUCGGGACAGGUCAAUCAUCUUAUUUUGGAUGCCACCAAUGUUGAUAAUCUUUGUCAGAUGUAUUAUGGAUGGGGAGCGCAAAUGUGAAAGUAUUUGAAAAAAAAUAUUGAUU